AUGGUGGUGGAAACUGGAUACUAUGAUAUAUUGGGUGUUAAACCCAAUGCCACACCAGAUGAACUGAAAAAAGCCUACAGAAAGCUUGCACUGAAGUAUCACCCAGAUAAGAACCCCAAUGAAGGUGAAAAGUUCAAACAGAUUUCACAAGCAUAUGAAGUACUUUCUGAUGCAAAGAAAAGGGACUUGUAUGACAAAGGUGGAGAACAGGCUAUUAAAGAAGGCGGCAUGGGAGGAAGUGGAUUUGGUUCACCUAUGGAUAUUUUUGACAUGUUCUUUGGAGGAGGAGGAAGAAUGCAGAGAGAGAGAAGAGGUAAAAAUGUAGUCCAUCAGCUAUCUGUUUCAUUGGAAGAUCUAUACAAUGGAGCAACAAGAAAAUUGGCUCUGCAAAAGAAUACCAUAUGUGACAAAUGUGAAGGCCGUGGUGGCAGAAAGGGAGCUGUGGAGUGCUGUCCAACUGCAGAGGUAGUGGUAUGCAGAUCAGGAUCCAUCAAAUAGGACCUGGAAUGGUUCAGCAGAUCCAGUCUGUAUGCCCAGAGUGCCAAGGACAAGGGGAAAGGAUUAAUCCAAAAGACCGGUGCAAGAGUUGCAAUGGGCGAAAGAUUGUCAGAGAGAAAAAGAUUCUUGAAGUUCACAUUGACAAAGGAAUGAAGGACGGUCAGAAAAUCACAUUUUCUGGUGAAGGAGACCAAGAACCUGGUCUGGAGCCAGGUGAUAUUAUUAUUGUACUUGACCAGAAGGAUCAUGCAAUAUUUACUAGAAGAGGAGAUGAUCUGUUGAUGCACAUGGAAAUAGAGCUUGUAGAGGCUCUGUGUGGAUUUCAGAAACCUAUUGUAACUUUGGACAAUAGGACCAUUAUUAUUACAUCUCAUCCUGGCCAAAUAGUCAAACAUGGAGACAUUAAAUGUGUGCUAAAUGAAGGAAUGCCCUUCUACCGCCGACCAUAUGAAAAGGGUCGCCUUAUAGUUGAAUUCCAGGUAGGUGCAUUCAAGUAUACCUAA